AUGGAGGGCUCCGAGGAGCUGGAGAGCAGCCUCCUGACGCAGCCCUGGGCUUCUGUUUGCUUUGGCGAGUCGGCUUUUAUUGCCAAAGCUUGUUUCAGGGAUUCUGGCUACAUCCUGCUGAUCUCCGACCUCAGCAGUGUCUGGUACGAGAGCGUAGACGCAGAGGCAGUGGGACAAAGGUCUAAGGAGCUGAACAAGCGGCUGACGGCCCAUGUGUCCUCCUUCCUGCACCGCUUGUGCAGCCUCAUGUGCCCCUUGCUGGCAGGACAGCCGGACACCGCCACCUCCUUCUCCUGCCACCGCGGGGCUGGCAGGCUCAGCGUUCACGUGAAAAGCGAGCUCUCGGGACUGCCCUUCUACUGGGACUUCCACUGCUCCGCUGCGCCCGUGGAGAUGGUCUCCCGGCACUUGGUGCGGCCCCUGAUGAGGAUGAGCCUGGUGCUGCAGUCCCAGCUGCAGGAGCUGGCCUCCCUGCUGCUCCAGAAAGAUGCCGAGAUUGAAGACUACAGGGAGAGCGGGGCUGCUCUGAGCAGAGACCGCCUGCGGACGGAGCCCUUCCAGGAGGAGACUUUCCUGCAGAACUUCAUGGCUGAGAGCCUGCCCCAGAUCUGCAGUGCGGGAGAUGGGCAGGCGUUCACCUCCACCCUGCGGCAGCUCUACGUGGCAGUGACGCAGCAAGAGGCCAAGCAGGCCCGCAAACGGCACCUUUCAGGGGAUGCAGAGGCCCCGGCACCUGCUGGAGAAACCCCAGAGCACCCAGACCCACCGCCUCAGACCCAGGAGGAUGAAACAGCCCCUUCCAGCAAAGGAGCCACGCCUCCUCCCCAGCUCAGAAGCUCCGGUUGCCCAUGGCCAAGGCCAAGCAGAAGAAGGCGAAGGGGCUGUUCAGCUGAAAGGUCACUGCCACCCACCUCGAGUGUCUCUGCUCAGCCAGCAUCUGAGAGAGGCAGUGCAGAGCAGCCACGUGUCCUCUGCCUUCUGCCUCCUCUCCCACCUCUCCCAGUGGUCCCUGCCCUGGGCAAUCUCCCCUCCCAAGUUGGUGCAGCAACAGGCUGUGCCAGGGAGACGGGGCAUCUCUGCCCUUUGACAGUGUCUCAGGAAUCUCUUUGUUGCCUCUUUCCUGGUGCAGAGCUUGCCUCAUGCCUUGGCUGUCCCACGGUGGAGCCAACGCUGGACCUGGGGGGAGCUGUGGGGAGCUGGAGGGAUGCUGCUGGGUAGAUGCAGGGCAGCCAGGGCUCUUGCAGUGCUGUGGGUUUUGGCUAGAUGACCACACACCCUGGUUUUGGGUUGGUUUGCAAUAAAAGCUGUGUUUGCCUGAG